AUGGCACCACCUUCAGGCGGCGUCCUUGGUGCUCUGCUGACUUUGUACAACGCUCAAAACGAUACAGCAUCAGAUUCGAUUCCGCCGUCUGGUGCCUCUAGUCCGACAAUCCAAGACGAACCUACCUCGAAUGGUAGAGAACGCAAAGAGCCUCGUCGCGCAAGGCCGAAUAGAGCUGUCUUUGACGAGACAUCCAAAAUAGAAUUGGAACCUCCACUGCUCCAUUUAAAAUAUUCCCCUUCUCGACUGGAGGUUAUUGAUACUGAUGAGGCUCGAUCAAUACCUCAAACGCAACGACUCGACGACAACAAUGAUCUCGACCAGACCAUAUCCUCUCCCACAUUUCCUUCAUUAUCUAGUUCGCCCACUGAUGAAUUUCGAGCAAACGCCAUGUCCAAACGAGGCGUUACGUCGACUGCUCGUAAACUUCUUCGAAUGCACACUCAACGCCCCCCACAGGCUAGAAAUGCUGGUGGUGUAUUUGGUUCGCUGAUUGCCAGUACUGGAAACAUCACUGGAGCAGCUGCCCCGACGCCGAGUACUCUUGCUCCCAACGUUGACCGUCCUGGGUUCAAUCUUACCAGGUAUGGGUACAAAGACGACCAUCUGGAAAAUAAAGCCGCUGUGAAUCCUUCGCCUUCAAUCCGAGGACAUCAUCCUGGAGCCAAGUCACUCGGCCAUGUCGAGCUAGAUAACGGUCCCUCGUUUGACGGAUCUACACUGGCGAGAAUUUCAACUGCUCCUGCAGAGUCGGGUCCUGGCCUGGCCGUCAGCGAUUCUUUCUUUACUUCAAGUUCAAAUGCACACUCUGAAUCUGCGUCUCCCAGUACUGCAUCUGCCAAUGCUUUUGCUGAUCAAUAUCCCCACCUCAUGGCCCGCACACCUGUAUCGGCUUAUAUUCCUGCUCCAACCGAUUAUUUCAGUCCUCAACACGGAUCAUCAGAGCUUACUCCUGGUCCGUUGCCUCUCUUCCAAGGCGAGAGAGAUAUGCAUCCGAAACCUUUGCUCUCAACUAGGCUGGAGCCAACUACACCUGGAGGCACGCCGAUCUCAUCCAUCGCCAAACGAGCGAAGUGGACAGGUGUAUUGAAAGACUUUCCUGGGACGACUGGAAUACACCUGCCGUACACCAGAUCAGGUAAAAGCACACCCGCCACACCAGGGAGUAUAACCACAAGCGAGAGAGAUUGGUAUGAUAGUGUUUAUUCGGAGAAGGAGAAUCGAGAGGAACGGGAGAAGAGAGAAAAAAGGGAACGAGACAAGAAAGAGAGGAAAAAGAGGAAAAAGGCGGAGUUGUUCAUCACUCGUCAUGUUGCACAGAUUAUACAACGACAAGAAUUCAUUUGCAAGCUCGCACGGUCGAUGAUGAUGUUUGGCGGACCGGCUCAUCGCUUGACAUCUCAGAUUCAGGCUACUGCUCGAGUCCUAGAUAUCGAACUUUCAUGCAUGUAUCUUCCCGACGUUAUGCUCAUCUCCUUCGAAGAUUCGAGCACGGGGACCAGUUUAAUCAAGUUCAUCAAGCAAGGUAGCGUCUUGAACAUAGGCAAGCUUGGCGAAGGGUAUAUGAUCUAUUGGAAGGUCAUACAUGACGAUCUUUCUGUCUCCGACGCCUCCGCCGCCCUUGACAAACUUAUGCGUCGACCUCCUCAAUACAAGUGGUGGCAUCUUAUGCUUACGGGUGGUUUCUGCUCCGCAGCAAUCUGUACAGUCUCCUUCGCCGGCUCCUUCAUUGAUUCUGUUGCAGUCUUUCCGCUUGGAGCUAUCCUUGUCGGCAUCCAACUACUCAGCGUGCGUAACGAGCUUUACAGCAACGUGUUCGAGAUUACCAUCGCGACUGUGUUCUCGUUCAUCUGCGGUGGUCUUGCCGCAACAAAGAGGAUUUGCUACAGUGCGACUGCGUCCUCUUCAAUCGUCCUUAUCUUGCCUGGAUUCAUAGUUCUGUGUGGUGGAUUAGAGAUCUUAUCACGGAACAUUAUAGCCGGGAGCGUGCGGUUAUGUUAUGCGGUCGUUUAUUGUCUCUUUCUAGGUUUCGGGCUUGCCAUCGGAGCGGAGGCAUACCAAACGAUUGUUCAAACACCAAUCGCGAAUUUGAGUGAUACAACGUGUGCCCUUACGCAUAAUGCGGAAGGACCGUGGUGGCAGCGAACGCCUUCUAAAUUCUGGGCUUUUUUAACAGUCCCCCUGUACUCGUUAGUCCUGAGCAUGAGAAAUCAUCAGCCGCUGCUUUGCAAAGAGAUGCUCAUUUGUGUGAUAAUAUCAUGCAUAGGAUGGGUUGUCACCUUCUUUGUUGGUCAGCACUUCCAAAAUCAGGCCGAUUUUGCCUCUGCUGUAGGUGCCUUCGCAAUCGGAAUGAUAUCCAAUCUGGCAGGGAGAUUCCUAAAUGGUAACGCAUUCACUAUUAUGCUCACCGGUAUUCUGUUUCAAGUACCUUCCGGUCUCGGAAAUAAUGGCCUGCUUGUCUUCGUUUCGCAGCAAACGGACGACUCAGGAACCGAUUCCGAGGCGUAUCUAUCUGGCUUCCAAACAUCAUUACAGCUGAUAUCAGUCGCAAUCGGACUCACUAUCGGUUUGGGUAUUGCCUUGUUCCUAUCGCAUCCUAUUCCCAGUCGCAGAAGGGCUGGAGGCGUUUUCAGUCUUUGA